AUGUUUCCCUGCGUGUUUGUUCCCGCUGCCAACGAGGCCGACAUUUUUGUAGGGGUCCAUGCAUCGUCUGUUCCGUUGAAUCUGACCCUGCUGGUGACAGACGCCGACCAAUUCGACGCGUACGAGUGCACCAGCCGGAUGGAGCUCGACAGGCUGUUUGCGCUGAACGACGCAGCAAUUGGCGGCGAAAAUGAAAUCGACGCGUUCCUUGACAAGCUCGCUGACCUGCAUGGCGUUGUUUUGCGCAGAGAGCCCGGGUUUGUGACCCUGUGCAAGCCGGAUCUCGAAUUCCGGUUUCCGUUGACGCGAUUAUCAGACGAUAAGCUGUUAUCUGUUCGAAAACAGUUUCUUGCGCAUGUGGGGCGGCUGGGCGCGCUGGAGGCGAGUCUCGUGACGAGCCUUGCGCACGAGCUCAAUAAGAAGAACCAGAUCAUCCUGAAACUCGCCGCGUCCAUCGCUCAGGACUACCUGGGCAACACCCUGGAGCAAGACGAGGCUAUUUUGCAGAGCGACGAGAUCCAGCGUCUUUUUCUCCAGACAGGCACGCUCCGCAGCUCGCUUGGCACGUCGUUCAGACAAAUAAAGGACGAGACCGUCUCUAAUUUCAAACAGUCUAACUUGUCGGUUGCACAGGCCCUGAAAAAUCUAUUCACAGCGCACGUAGAGCUGGAGCCUACUAAACCGUCCAAACGCCGCAAGCCCAACACCCAGACAGCACCUGACACGAGCCCCAGGAAGCGGCUCAGAGACCACACUUACAACUUCCCUAUCAAACAGAGAAGAACCCGCUAA